CCGCUGACACAAAAAAACUCACAAAGCCGCAAUGUCCUGAUGGAUGACAGGCUCUGCCCCCUGUGAUGUGAACUGGCCUGCAGAUAAAAAGCAGCAGCAGGUGGAGGCUGUGUGAGCUGCCCUCCUGCACACAGCAUCUUUAUCUGAGGUUUCAGAAUGUACGGACACAAUCAAGGAAACCAGUACCCUCCUGGUUACCCGAACCAUCCUCAGCAGAUGCCGGGUGGAUACCCUCAUCCUCCAGGCUCCGUCCCACAACCAAACUACCCCCCACAACACGGAGGCCAACACGGACCAGGACCCGGUUAUGGGCCAGGACCCGGUUAUGGUCAUGGACCUGGAGCUGGUUGUGGACCUGGUUUUGGUCAUGGCCAAGGACAGGGCCAUGGACAAUGCCAAGGUCAGGGUCAUGGGCAAGGACACGGACACGAACAUGGACAUGGACAAGGACAUGGACAUGGACAUGGACAUGGACAUGGAGAAGGACAUGGACAUGGAGAAGGACAUGGACAUGGACAUGAACAUGGACAUGGACAUGGGCACGUACCAUGUCAUGGAAAGCCCCACGGCCAUAAACACAAGCAUGGUCACAAGCAUGGCAAGUGCCACAAGAAAGGAAAGGACUGUCACGGGUCCUCCAGCAGCUCCUGCAGCAGUGACUCAGACUAGAUGAAGGCUCCCGAUUGGAGGAGAAACAGGACAUGCUGGAACCUGGAAACAUUAUCCUCUUACUAUAUAUUGCAAUAUGUUACUGCUGAAAUAUUUCUUCACACACAAUUUAAAAUCAGUAUUUGUAUCGAACAUCAAACGCAUAUGUAAUCAGUCUCAGACACUUAGAUCAGCCAUGCUAUGUAACAUGUAAUUGCUUAUGACACGUUACAGACGUUAUUGAUGAUGUUUUUUUUAAUAUAUAUAUAUGAUUUAUUUUUUAGAUUUUCAAGACACAAAGACAGCAGCAAUACAAUACAUUAAACCUGCAAAUGCUAACAAGACAACUACAAGAAACAAAACAUCCAUACAAUUAGACAAUAAUGAAAUACGACAACAAAACAAAAACAAACAAAAUUAAAAUUAAAAUUAAAAGACA